AUGUUUGCCCCUUCCAACACCGGGCUGCCGCCCAGCUACCAUUCCAGUGCCAACCCCUCCCUGGUGGGGGGGUUUGGCGACGAUGGACUUGAUGCUGCACCCCCUCAAUACGACUGGACAAUGGCUAUGGAUGUGGAGAGUAUGGGAGUAGAGGAAAGGUCCACGACGCAGGCGAGAAACAGUCACCAGGAGCGGCUACCGGCCCCCUCCCAGGAGCCUCCACGACGGUCCCACUACUACCGCGCCAUCAGCGCCGAGAUUAUGGCCGACUUCGACUUUCCCAUGCCGGCACCAAAGAUAACUCCAGCAGUGACAGAGACGGCAAUUGCUUCUUCUUCAUCUCCUCCGCUGCAAAGAGGCUAUUUCCUCCCCACGCCGGCGUCAAUUCUUGCUGACUUCGACGUCAUGCCUUUCUCGCCACAAACCACAGGUGGCAGCACCAGCACCGCCGCUACAACGCCGCCCCUGAAUUCACCAUCUGCAAGGCCUAGGUCUAACUCAAAACUGGCGCCGUUGGGCUCAAACAAUCCGUACAUUUCCCUCCUCGAGCAAAAGGAGCAGGCCAUGACGGUCGCCUUUUUACGCAGUCAGGACUCAGGCUCCGGAUCGCGUUCUGCUGAUCUUGGAGCUGAUGACUUUAGGUAG